UCCCAGUCACAAGCAAGUGGACUUCACAGAAAAUGGAAUCGGAGAAGGCGGUGGAAACUGUGAUAGUCGGCAACUAUGUGGAAAUGGAAAGCGAAGGAAAGCCCAGGAGCAUCAAAUCCAGGCUCUCCAAGCUCUUGUGGCAUGGAGGUUCUGUUUAUGAUGCAUGGUUCAGCUGUGCUUCCAACCAGGUGGCUCAAGUGCUGCUCACACUGCCUUACUCAUUUUCGCAGCUGGGAAUGCUGUCCGGAGUGCUUUUUCAACUCUUGUACGGCUUGCUGGGCAGCUGGACUGCCUACCUCAUUAGCGUUCUCUACAUCGAAUACAGAACCAGAAAAGAGCGAGAGAAAGUCGAUUUCAGAAACCAUGUCAUCCAGUGGUUCGAAGUUCUCGAUGGACUGCUGGGAAAGCACUGGAGAAACGUGGGUCUGGCAUUUAACUGUACAUUUCUGCUGUUUGGAUCUGUCAUCCAACUGAUCGCCUGCGCAAGCAACAUAUAUUACAUAAACGACAACUUGGACAAAAGGACGUGGACUUAUAUAUUCGGAGCAUGCUGUGCCACCAGCGUGUUCAUUCCUUCGUUCCACAAUUACAGAAUUUGGUCCUUCUUGGGUCUGCUCAUGACCACUUACACUGCCUGGUACCUCGCCGUUGCGUCUCUUCUGCACGGCCAGGUGGAAGGAGUAAGGCAUUCGGGUCCAACCAAGCUGGUGCUCUACUUCACGGGGGCCACCAACAUUCUCUACACGUUCGGGGGACAUGCUGUUACAGUGGAGAUAAUGCACGCCAUGUGGAAGCCGGAGAAGUUCAAGAGCAUAUACUUAUUGGCGACGGCGUAUGUGCUGACGCUAACGCUUCCAUCGGCGGCGGCGGUGUACUGGGCGUUCGGCGACCUGCUCUUAGAUCAUUCAAACGCCUUCUCUCUGCUUCCCCGAACGCCGUUCCGAGACGCCGCCGUGAUCCUGAUGCUAAUCCACCAGUUCAUAACCUUCGGCUUCGCCUGCACGCCUCUCUACUUGGUGUGGGAGAAAGCCAUCGGCAUGCACUCCUCCACCAGCCUCUGUAAGCGGGCCGCCGUCAGAUUGCCCGUCGUUAUCCCCAUCUGGUUCCUGGCCAUCAUUUUCCCUUUCUUCGGCCCCAUCAAUUCCACCGUAGGAUCCCUCCUCGUCAGCUUCACCGUCUACAUCAUCCCCGCUCUGGCCCACAUCUUCACCUUCCUCUCACCUUCUUCCAGACAGAAUGCGGUGGAGCAGCCUCCGAAGUACGUAGGAAGGUGGGUGGGAGCGUUUACGAUCAACGUGAUAGUGGUGGUGUGGGUGACGGUGGUGGGGUUUGGAUUCGGUGGGUGGGCGAGCAUGGUUAAUUUCAUACACCAGAUUGACACCUUCGGCCUCUUCACCAAGUGCUACCAGUGCCCCAUCCCUCCGGCGGUGCCCAUAUCGCCGCCACAAAUUUUGAAUGCCACCGCUCCCUCGCCGGCUCUUCACCCUUCUCCUCAUCAACUUCCUCCCCGUUGAUGCAUACAUGCCUAUCACGGAUGUCCAUUCCGCUGGCUGCUAAAGCUCAACAAAAUAUAUAUGUAUUUUUGUUCUUUUGGCGCAGUCCCUUAUAUAGCCCCCUUUUUUGUUAGUUGAGUUGAGGACUUCAUUUGUUAUCAUUGAUUUUAUAACCAAAUUAUAUAACUAUGAGAACUGUGGAAUUCAA